AAUUCCAGAGGUUGAUCUUCAGGAAGGCUUGCCUAAAGAAGAGGCAUUUGCGACAGGAUAGCUGAAGAAUGAAUAGGAUUUUCCAGGCAAGCUGUUACCCUAACCCCAUGGAUAGAAAUGUCAUUUCUGUAAAAGUUGUGGAGGAGAGAAAAGAUGAAACAACAGGAAUCAUCUAUAGAAAGAGGAUCGCAAUCUGUCAGAAUGUGAUUCCAGAAAUUUUAAGGAAGGUGAGCAUUUUAAAGGUUCCUAGUAUCCAGUUAGAAGAAGAAUCAUGGCUCAAUCUGCAGGAAAGAAACAUGGCUAUACGGAGUCACUGCCUUACAUGGACACAGUAUGCAUCUAUGAAGGAAGAGUCUGUCUUCAGGGAAAGUAUGGAAAAUCCAAACUGCAAUCCGAUUUCAGCUUUCCACAGACCUCUUGGCAGUUGUGGAGAGAACUACAUUAUCCCCAACCUGCUUCUGCCCCAGCCACACUCUCAGACAACUGGGACAGAGUUCAUUCAAAGAGGCAGGAUUUCAAUCACAGGGGCUGGAUUUCUCAACUAUAUUUUGGAAACUUUUGCCAGCACAUUCUUAAGACAGGGAGCCCAGAAGGGAAUUAGAAUAAUGGAGACACUGCUGAAGGAACAGUGUGGUGCCCCCUUAGUGGAAUAAAGAAGUAUCAGGGAGCUGUAUCCAUGUUUGCUUUUUUUUUCCUUCGAGAAUUACUCUUGGCUACGACAUUGGCAGAGUUCCUGGAGUACAGGUUUGAAGAUACAGUGUCAGCAGCUCAAAGAACAGGACACUUUCCUAUCGGAACAUAAAACGACACACUCCCCUUGGAUCCUGCUUUCAAGUAGGGGGACUCGUGGAAAUGAGACUUUCUAGCUGGGUUUUCAUGAUGCAGUCUUUUUACAAUUUUACAAAUAAAGGGAAAACCCAUAUCAGGUGAUGCCAGUCCUCCUCAGGGUAUCCCUCUCGUCAUCUGAGAUGGUGUCACGGCAGCCAGGGGUAGGACAGAGUUCUGCAGAGGUGCUGGUGCUCAUGUGUUAUGAGCAUCAUUGCUCACGGGAUUCAUGAGCGAGAGGAUUCUGGAGAGGUUGCUCACCCUGAUAUGUGAUUUUCUAGGGUUCCUGGGACAGACAGGCCUAUUUCAGAUCUGUGUGGAAACUAAGCCAUAUAUUUAAGAUUCUUAGAAAUCAAUAAUUUCUUUCUAUCCGUAAGUGAUGAUUAACUGCCAUCCUAUAGCUUUUAUAAUGUAACACAUGAGCUGUGCUUGGUCCUGUGAAGGGGCAGGGAGCAGAGAGUAGAAGGCAGGCUCUUGCCUGGCUUCUUUAGCUUGUUCUGUGAUAUGGAGCAGAUCAUUCCCUUCUCUUUGUAACUGGGAAAAUCGUGCUAUCAGUUGUGGGUCUUUCUGCUGAGUUUUGAUGACUAAACAAGAUAGUUUAGCUUGAAUACAGGUUUUGGGAGUUAGACAGACAGACAUGGGUUUGAAUCCAAGUGCUGCCACUUACUAUUUAGUGAUCAUAAACAUAAUUUUAAAUCUUUCUGAAGCUCAUUUAAAAAAAUUUAUAAAAUGUGAUAAUGGGAUUAACUGUGUGCUUCCUGGCAUUCAGAAGUCCAGUAAAUAGAUUUUUAUUUGAAACCAUGUUGAAAAUACACCUUUCAACUGUAAUGUAAGGUGGCAUUACUAUUUAAAAAUGAGGUGAUGGUAGCUUGCAUUUCCUGUGACAGGAAGCCAAAAUAUAAAUACACUCUACUUGAAAAGUAAUAAUUUGGAAUUUAUCUUAAGAAUCGAGCUAUUACUGGAGUCUUGGGGAAAUGGUUCUUUUUUAAUAUUUGAAAAAUUUUCUACUUAGUGCAUUGAUGAAUUUCAAAGCAAUUGUAAUUUUUCGUACAAGCCUGCCACUGUGAGUCUUCUUUUAUUGUAUUUGAGCUACUUGUGCUGCCUAAGUUUUGUCUAUUGGGUAUUGGGAUAAUUUCCCCUUAUUUCCUUAGUGUUUUAUUCCUCAGUUGUGUUGGAGGGAAAAAUGAAUGGUAGAAAUCAGAAUACAUUUUGAUUUUUUUCCAAUUUGUAAAUGCCAUUUGGUAGGCUUUUGGGAUUAUAGCCAUUUCCCAAAAGUAGGAAGUGAUGAGAAUUUUCAUGGAGGUGAGAGGCAAAAAAUUUGUAUUUGGAGACUGAUGUUGGAAUACAUGUAACCAUUUAUACUCGACAACUAGCAUUCUCUCCAAAGGUCAAAGCUUUUCCCAUCAUUGCUGUCCACUAGGGGGAACUUUAUGCCAUCCUGAUGCUGGGGCUGCAUCCCAGACUAAGAAUUUAGAAUCUCUGGGGAUGGAGCCCAGGCAUCAGUGUUUUUUAAGCUCUCCAGGUGAUCCCAGUGGGCAGCUGAGGGUGAGAACUCUACAACAAAUUCCAGGUAAUGUGCAGUCUUUAUUUAAUUUCUUCCUGACACUGCUGAGAUAGGAAAGGAUCUUUCUGGGGGUGUGUUUGUUUGUUCUUUCACUAGAAAUAGAGUGAGGCACAGAGAGGCCCAAACUGUGUCUUGAUUCUGUGAGGCCUGGCCGGCAAUGCGAAUGCAUGCAGGGACCUGGUAGUUGGUUUAAUGAGUGAAUAGGCUGGGGCCACUACAGAGACCCCCAGAGCACACGCCUGGCUGAAAGUAAGCAGCUGCUGCCCAGCUCCCUCACUGUGUGUCCACAUGGCUGUGAUUUCCCAUGAAAAGACAAACAUAUUUAAAAAAGAAAUCUAAUUUCUAUAUGUUGGCAGCAUAUUGGCAUUGUUUGAAACCUUCAACAGGCUGUGCAUGUUUGCCAGCCUGUACUUUUAGCCUGUGCUUCUAGGGUGUUAAGGACAGUGCUGAACAUUCCAGCCAACUUUUAAUAGGUUUGCAUUUUUGUAUUCUGGACAUAGCUGCAUUUGCCUUUGUUCCACAACUGCUUUCAGAUGCAUUUCCCUUCCUCAUUCCCGAGUAAUCCUCUGGACCUUUGUCAAACACUUUUCUUCAGGAUUUUCACUCCUGUAGGCAUUUAUGGAAUCCAGCUUCACAUACAUGGUUUAGAAAUCUUACAGACUUUAAAAAAUUAAU